UUUAAAAAUGGCAGGAAAAGGAAAAGGAGCAGGAGGAAGAGGAAAGGCAGGAGCCGCUAGACCAGUCUCAAGAUCAGCUAAGGCUGGACUUCAAUUCCCAGUAGGAAGAAUCGCCAGAUUCUUAAAGCAAGGAAGAUAUGCUGAGAGAAUUGGUGCUGGUGCCCCAGUCUACAUGGCCGCCGUUCUUGAAUACCUCGCAGCUGAGGUUCUUGAACUCGCCGGUAACGCCGCCAGAGACAACAAGAAGACCAGAAUUGUCCCAAGACACAUUCAACUCGCCAUCAGAAACGAUGAGGAAUUGAACAAGUUGAUGAGCAACACCACCAUCGCCAACGGAGGAGUUUUGCCAAACAUCCACGUAUUCUUGCUCCCAAGCAAGAAAGGAGAUGCUUCCCAUUAAGCAUUUUGUAUUAAUGUUAGGUCAUUAACAUAAAAAUUCACUAA